CCUUUUCCUACCAUUUUUCCUUUAACGACAUUUUCCUCCCUCCAAUUUUCCUUUCCACCACAUCAAACUUACACUCAGAUCUAGAAAAAGUGGAACAACGUAACGUAACACUACCACUGAACUUUACUGCGUUUUUAUGCACUCUACGCUACACACAAACACUGCAUACUUUUGCUUCUUUAUCUGUAAUUGAUCGUUGAUCAUCAGCAUUCAACGCUCUGUACCUGUGCCUGUCACCCAAGAGAUUUCAAGUUAGAAAAAAAUACAGAGGAAAAUAGAGCUGAAGUCAGUACAGGAGACGCAGGCACUGAAAUCGGCAGGAAAUGGUCAGAUCCGAUAUCGAUCUCCAUCGGCUGCAGAACUUUUAGAAUCACAACAAGGCCAAGCCGAGCUACUUCAAAUGGAUAAAAUAUCGAGGAAAACCAGGCAUGAGACAGUCUAUGACAAGAUACAAAGAUAUCGUGGUGCCAUACUCAUGAUCUCAGUCCCUGUCAUACUCAUCACUCUUCUGUGCUUUCUCAUGCCAUCACGCAUCCCUGCCAAUUCUAUAGAGUCCUUUCCUCGCAAGUUCGCUCCGAAUCCCAAAACCAGAGGCUAUGCUGUGAUUUUUGACGCUGGAAGUUCUGGUAGUAGGGUCCACGUCUUUUGCUUUGACAAGCAGUUGGAUCUUAUUCCUAUUGGCAAAGAACUCGAGCUUUUUGUGCAGAGAAAACCAGGUUUGAGUUCAUUUGCCAAUGACCCCAAGGCUGCUGCUCACUCUCUGCUAGAGCUUUUAGAGAAAGCAGAAGCUGCAGUUCCAAAAGAAUUGCAACAUGAUACACCAGUCAGAGUUGGGGCAACAGCAGGUCUUAGGCAACUAGAUGGCGAUACACCAGACAGGAUAUUGCAAGCAGUAAAGGAUCUUUUGAAAAACAGAGGCACAUUCAAGUCCAAGGCAGAUUGGGUCACCGUUCUUGAUGGAAAUCAGGAAGGUGCUUAUCAAUGGGUGACAAUCAACUAUUUACUAGGAAAUUUAGGUAAAGAAUAUCCGUCUACUGUUGGAGUGAUUGAUCUUGGAGGUGGAUCUGUACAAAUGGCAUAUGCCAUCUCUGAUGCUGAUGCUGCAAAGGCUCCUAGGGUAUCAGAUGGAGAGGAUACUUAUGUGCAGGAAAUGUAUCUCAAGGGUAGAAAAUAUAACCUUUAUGUCCACAGUUACUUGCACUACGGCUUAGAGGUUGGAGUAUCUGGUAAUCUAUGCAUCUUGUCAGGUUAUAAUGGUUUGUACAAAUAUGGAGGAGAAGAAUAUGAUGCAUCUGCUGUCUCAUCUGGUUCGAGCUUGAAUCCAUGUAGAGAAGCAGCUAAUAAGGCUCUUAAAAUUAAUGAACCUACAUGCACCUACAUGCAGUGCACUUUUGGCGGGGUGUGGAAUGGCGGAGGAGGGGAUGGUCGGAAGAAUCUAUUUGUUGCUUCAUUUUUCUUUGAUCGGGCGGCUGAGGCCGGUUUUGUGGAUCCAAACAAGGCUGUUGCUAAAGUCCGUCCAGCUGAUUUUGAGGAUGCAGCGAAAAUUGCUUGCCAAAUGAAACUGGUAGACGCCAAAUCUAGAUAUCCUCGUGUGGAUCCAGAUAAUUUACCGUACUUAUGCAUGGAUCUCACCUAUCAAUACACACUGCUCAUAGAUGGGUUUGGCCUAGACCCAAAUCAAGAGAUUACGUUGGUGAAAAAAGUCGAGUACCAAAAUUCGCUGGUUGAAGCAGCAUGGCCACUAGGUAGUGCCAUUGAGGUUAUGUCAUCGAAGACAUGAUUGCUAGGGACAGAGUUUAGUUGCAUGCAGUUAUUUCCCCGUCUCUGGUUCAUAAAUCAUAAGUAAAGCCAUAUUCGAGUUGAGAAUGCUGCCGCAUCUGAUAGAUAUCAAGUUUUGAGUUUUUGCUCACAAAGGAUAGAGAUCAAUAUUCUUUUCUUUUCUUUUCUUUUUUCGAUUCCAUUGCAGAAUAUGCCAAUUCAUAACUUGAACGAAUGAUGAUUUGACAAUGAUUAGAUUCCUAUUAAAACUAUGAGAAAUUCGUUUGAUAUUGUAUGAAUUUUGGCUCACUUUUGUAAUGUGAGACCAAGCAAAAUUAGUUCUGAUUUUCA